UGUAACUGUCCACACGUUCGUCAUUCGUCUCCUUAAAAACAUAAUUUAAUAUAUUUAGCAAUCAUGAAAUUUUCUUAUGUUAUAUUAAUUCUUGCGGUUCUACAAAACGGGCUAAUUAUUGAAAUUCGGGAGAUGCGCAUCGCAUGAGUGUACAGCCCUGGGACGUAGGGAAUUGUAGUAUAAUAGCCAGUCAUCAGAAAUCCCGAUUAGUUUCGUAUUCAGAAACAUAUAGAAAAUGGUUCAGAAUCAAGACUCGAACAAACUACAGACUCGAGUAUUACCCAGUAUAUCUAAUAACACAGAUGUGCUGCGACGGAUACAAAAUGUCUCGUAGCAGAUGUGAUCCAAUUUGUGCACCUAAUUGCGGAAAGGGUAAAUGUAUUAAGCCAAACAUAUGUUCAUGUGAUACCGGCUACACUUUUCAAAGUAAUAUAGUUAGUGAUUCAGCCUGUGUCCCUAAGUGUGAUAACUCCUGCGUGCACGGCAAAUGUACUGCACCCAAUACUUGCACAUGUGACAAUGGGUACUCUUUGAGUACCGACGGAUACACCUGUGACCCCAUCUGUAAUCCACCAUGCAGUAAAAAUUCAUAUUGCUCUAAACCCGAUAAUUGUACUUGCAACAAUGGCUACUUCUUAACAAGCACAAACGAAUGCGAACCAAUUUGCAGCGAAGCUUGCGUCAAUGGCAUCUGUGUCGCUCCUGAAAUCUGUAGCUGCUUCGAGGGUUACGCAUUUCUUGGGAACUCAAAAUACAUCUGCGAGCCGGUCUGCGAGAAAGUUUGCAUCAACGGAAAAUGCACUAAACCUGGCGUAUGCACAUGCAACGAUAAAUUCCAUUUAAUCGAGUGGCCGAAACACAUCUUAUGUAUGCCUCACUGCGAAACUUCUUGCGAACCCUUUGGCAAAUGCACUGCGCCGAAUGUCUGCUCUUGUUAUGAAGGAUAUCAGUUGGAUAAUACGACGCAGACUGAGCAAAAUAGUAUGAAACAUUUUGCUGAUAACUCGGUCUGCAAACCAAUUUGCCUGACAGCAUGUGUUAAUGCAUUCUGCAGCGCCCCUAGUACGUGCACUUGCAACAUCGGUUAUGAUAAAUCAGAUAACAAUCCUACCGUUUGCAAACCGAUCUGCAGCCAUAAUUGCGUCAACAGCUUCUGUAGUGCACCCGAAACUUGUACAUGCAAUGAGGGUUACAAACAUUCCAGUUCCGACAAUAUAUGCGACCCAUUUUGCAAAACUGAUUGCAUCAACGGGCAUUGCAGCGCGCCAGACAAAUGCACUUGUAAUUUCGGUUAUCGACCUACCGAUGGCAACUAUACAAACAUCUGCGAGCCCAUUUGUAAUCCGAGCUGCAAAAACGGUAUCUGUGUCCAGCCUGACGUGUGCAAUUGCGACCUGGGCUAUCGUCAAUCAACACACUCUACAAACGUGUGCGAUCCUGUUUGUCACUCAACUUGCGAAACAAACGGAAUCUGCGAGGCACCCGAUUUGUGCGUUUGUAAGAAUGGGUAUCGUAUGGUAUAUUACGACGAGAAAAACGUUCCGUUCCAAUGCGAGCCAAUCUGCAGUAUCGAAUGUGGCAAUGGCACAUGCACGGCGCCAGAUAUCUGUACGUGCUCCGACGGUUAUCAAAACGCAAAAACGGGCACAUGCGAGCCGAUCUGUUCAAUAUGUGACAAUGGCACGUGCGUCGCACCGGAAGUUUGCGAUUGCAAUGACGGGUUUAUCCUUGAAGAUUCGAAUGUUAAAAUCUGGGAAUACCAAUCCGCUUCCGAGAAUAAAUCGCGAAAUGGAAGCAGAUGCAUGCCGUAUUGCGAAAGUUGCGAUAACGGCGAUUGCGUGGCACCCAACCAGUGCCGAUGUAACGCUGGUUUUGUGCAAAUUGAAGGUGUUUGCGUGCACGCGUGUCAAGGUGGUUGCGGCAGUCACGGCGAGUGCAUUGAUAGACUUAUGACGUGCGAAUGUAAUUACGGAUGGUCCGGACUGCAUUGCGAUCAACCAACUUUGUGCGUUUUAACUUUGAGUGACGACGAAAAUCGUACAGAGCCAUUAGCAAUCAUUAAAGAACAGAAUGCUACGAUUGAGUAUGUUCUAAUAAAUAAUCCAACAUGUUCUGAAUGUAUCAAUGAAAUAAACAACGAAACUGCGUGCUUUAAAAUGUACAUCAACAGCACGAAGGAUAAAACACAAAUUGGUUGUUUAAUAGACAAAGGAUAUCGCAUGUCGAACGACACAAACGAUAAAAAAUCAUGCGUGCCGGUGUGCACGCAGGGUUGCAUCAACGGCGUGUGCGUCGAGCCUGACGUUUGCUAUUGCAACGAGAACCACUGGAUGGAUUCCAACGGAUUCACCUGCCGUCCCCUUUGCAACGACGAAUGCGAACAAAACCACGGAUACUGCCCGGAACCGAAUGUCUGCUCUUGUGUUUCCGGUUACAGGAGAGCGGGGAACGAUUCUUCGCCGUUCGCCUGCGAACCUAUCUGCGCACCCGCGUGUACGAAUAGCUAUUGCGUAGCACCUAAUGUCUGUAGAUGCGUGGACGGUUACGAACGCGACGAAUUCGGCUCGAACUUUAUCUGCAAGCCCAAAUGCGAAGACACUUGCGUUCACGGCAAUUGUACGGCGCCGGGAAUUUGCGCUUGUCACGACGGUUACAGAGCAGCGAACGCGACCGUCUGCGAGCCGGUCUGCAGCGAGCCCUGUGUAAACAGCACCUGCGUGGCUCCCGAAAGCUGUAGCUGCUUCGAGGGAUACAGGCCACUGGGGUACUCAAAAUACAUCUGCGAACCGGUAUGCAAAGUGGACUGCGGCAAUGGCACGUGCACAGCGCCAGAAGUAUGCACUUGCGACGAGGGCUUCACUUAUAACAAUCAGACGGAUCCGAGGUGCCAGUCGAAUUGCGAGGUGCAGUGCGACUGGUCGACACGGGAAAUUGUCACGGAUAAAAAAAGGCAGAUGAAGAAUGCAUGCAAAGUGCAUAAUCUAUACAGUAACUGUACGUGCGUCGAGGGAUAUCGCUUCUCCGCUAUUGCAAUCGAGGCCAUAAGAACGUAUCCGGAUAUAUUUAAGAAUAAACUUCCCUUUGCAAUCUCAAGUACGACAAGAAUCUCAGAAGAUGAUGAUAUACAAAAAUACUUCUUUCAACCUCUCUGCCAGCCAAUUUGCGACUUUGACUGCAUCAACGGUACGUGCAUCGCGCCGAACGUAUGCGACUGUCAUGCGGGUUUCAGCUCUCUCUCAAUUAAUAAUGACACAGCACGCAUUUGUGUGCAAAACGAUGUAUCUUCCUGCGAUGUAAUAGGAUGCGGAAGUAAUGAAAUAUGCAAUAAAUUCGGCUCUUGCACUUGCAAGGACGGAUAUAGAAAGAACGUGUUCGGUCAUUGCAUACCUGCCUGCAUCCUAGCGUGCAUUCACGGCAUGUGCACAGUGCAGAAUCAUUGCGUAUGCAAUGCUGGUUACCGGCUGCGAGAUGAACACGUCUGCGAACCCGUUUGUGAAAAGGGCUGUAAAAACGGCGACUGCAUCGGUCCGAAUUAUUGCGUUUGCGACGACAACUUUGUACAAAACACUGGAGAUCGCUUUGCGGACGAAUGCAUUCCCGCGUGUACUCGUAACUGCAGCGGCCACGGUGUAUGCAUUAUCGACGACGAGUACAGCUGUAAGUGUCACUUCGGUUGGACGGGAUUGGAUUGCGAUCAACCGACCAAGUGCGCCAUAUCAAUGGAUUUCAAUCACAGCGAUAUCAACAGAAUCACAAUACGUAACGACACAAAUAGCACAAUUAUACAAGCUCACAAGAACGCGCCGCUUUGUUAUCAGUGCAACAACUCUCUUAACAACGAAUCACUCUGCUAUUUAUUAUCAGUAAUACACUCUGAUGAAGCUCAUAUAAAGUAUCCUAUUGUCGGCUGCUUACUUGAUUUUCCUUGUUACAAAGCAUCUCACUACAAUACUACGAAUAAUGCUGUCACAGUUUGGCCUUUCAUGGUUGCCGCCGUAUUAAUUGUAACAAGUCUGUUAGCAGCAAUAACAUAUUUAAUAUAUCGCAGACAUCAGAAGAACAAAUUGGUUGCGAAUACAUCCCUACAUUUUAUGACAGCGUAUAUCGCUAGCGAAUCUUUGAUAUCUGAAGAUACGGACUAUUUCUAAAAGAGAUAUUAACGGAAGAAUCGUCAUGAAGAAUUAAUUUUAUAGCAAUAUAAAUUAAAGUAUAUUUUAUUGUUUGUGAAAUAUUUUCUCUCUAAAACAUAAGUAAGUCAUUUAGUCAAAUAACGACAUUAGUAAUAAUAUUGUCGCAUAAAUCUAGUAGAAUUUUUCACUGCA